AUGGCCGAAAGAGAGGGGGCAAUGGUGAAGAAGGGCCACGAUGAGGGGUUGAAAAUGGCAAUCGGGCUGCUUGGUGAGUUUGAGCUGCCACUAGGCCUCCUGCCCCUCCAGGACGUGGUUGAAGUCGGGUUCGUCCAGGCCACAGGCUACAUGUGGAUCGUGCAGAAGAAGAAGGUUGAGCACAGCUUCAAGCUCAUCAGCAAGCUCGUGAGCUAUGACACCGAGAUCACAGGCCACAUCCAGAAGAAGAGGAUCAAGAAGUUGAAGGGGGUGAAGGCCAAGGAGCUCAUGCUGUGGCCCCCUGUGAGCGAGAUCACCGCCGAGGAUUCGCCCACUGGCAAAAUCCACUUCAAGAGCCUCGCCGGCAUCACUAAGUCCUUUCCGGUGGAGGCAUUUGCUGCUGGACAAUGA